AUGGUUUCUUUGGAUAGGUAUAUGAUCCAGACUCCCGUGGAUGAAUGGUCACUUCUGGGCUUCCUUAAGUAUCGCAAGGAACAAAAGGAUUUCUCGGUACUAAAGGAUAAAGAGCAUUAUAGAUACCAAAUGAGUUUGGUAGCCGUUUUACACAAUAAAUUCACUACAGCUGAAAGAACCAAAGCACAAUAUUGCCUCGACAAUUUCAAG